AAAAUACUAUCGAUUGACUAAACAGUGCUACUUAUUCACCCCAAGAGCAACGGGGAUGGAGAUACGCAGAGAGGGAGAAAUAGAGAAAUAGAGUGAUGGAGUUAGAAGGAAGUUGAUGGGUACCGUGAUUAAAACAGCAUUUCAAGACGGGAUUACGGUCUCUUCCAUACCCCAAGUAGCAGCCUGGAAUAACAAUUAAAAAGUAAUUGCAAACCAGCAAGCUGUCUAUGCAAGAUAGAACAUGGCUGAUUACGAGAGGAUUCGCUUGGUGAUUUUGGGUGGCGCUGGUGUCGGCAAAAGUGCGAUUGUUCGACGCCUGCUUGGCCAGGGAUUCACCGAACGGUAUAAAGCCACUGUCGAAGAUCUCUACUCCAGGGAGUGCAUACUCGGAACUCUCACCCUUAAAGUCGAUCUACUGGACACUGCAGGAGAUCUUCAGUUUCCGGCAAUGAGGAGGCUUUCCAUUGCGACAGCCCACGCCUUCCUGCUAGUCUACGCUUCAACUUCCCAGCCAAGUUUCGAGUGCGUAAAAAGAUGCUUUGAGGAAGUUCGCGAGCAACGAUCAGACUUCCAGGAAGUGCCGAUUGUGAUUGCUGGCAACAAGUUGGACCUGGCGCCAACGCGACGGGAGGUGCAGAUAGAGGACGUCAGCGAGUGGCUCUUCUGCGAGUUGCCGAAGCUGCGAGCGAAGGUGAUGGAGUGUUCAGCGAAAGACGACUACAACAUCAAAGAGCUUUUCCGCUGCUUCGUUACGCUUUCUCGUAUCGUGCCCAAAUCUCCCGCCGGUGAGACUGCCGAAUCCGGGCUGAGGAGACGAUGCUCUGCCUACGGAUCCCGUAGGUCAGGGUCGCCCGGCGGAAGAACCGGAAGUGCAGGAUCCGGUCCUGGAGGUCAGCAGCAGCAGCAGCAACUCUUAGCGGCGCAAGGGUCGACGGUAGUUGCUAUUGCAGAUGAAGUUAGAAGUAAGCCCAGGAGCCGAAGUCUGAUACGACGGGCCUCAAGAAAGACGAAGCAACAAAUCAGGGACGCCCACGCUGAUGAUUGCAAUAUAUCAUAAGAGGGUUAUCGGCUGGUGUGAAUCUACGAUGGAAGUGAGAGGAACUACAGAAUCUCGCAUGGACGACAAGUAUAC